UGAAUGAUAGGAGGGUGUGAAAGGGAGCGCAGUAGCAAGCAGCGAGGAGAGGAAUCAGAAUCGCGUUAGGGAGAAGAAGAGAAAAUCGCAGGUGAAAAUGAGCGGAACGGUGAAGAAAGUAACCGAUGUAGCAUUCAAGGUGGGAAGGAACAUCGAUUGGGAUGGAAUGGCGAAGCUUCUCGUCUCCGAUGAGGCUCGCAGGGAGUUCUCCAAUCUCCGUCGCGCUUUCGACGAGGUUAACUCCCAACUCGAAACCAAGUUCAGCCAGGAACCUGAACCCAUAGACUGGGAUUACUAUAGAAAAGGAAUUGGCACUCGCUUGGUGGAUAUGUACAAGGAGCAUUAUGAGAGCAUUGAGGUCCCCAAGUUUGUUGACACAGUAACUCCUCAAUACAAGACUAAAUUUGAUGCCCUAUUGAUUGAGCUUAAAGAAGCAGAGGAGAAAUCUCUGAAGGAGUCUGAGCGUUUGGAAAAGGAAAUUGUUGAAGUACAAGAGUUGAAGAAAAAGCUCAGUACCAUGACGGCAGAUGAGUACUUUGAAAAACAUCCUGAGCUGAGGAAGAAGUUUGAUGAUGAGAUCAGAAAUGAUAACUGGGGCUAUUGAUUUUUCAAUUAGCAAACCAUCAGAGGUUGAUGUUGUUCUUGCUGGUUUAAUAAUAACAACUACAUUGAAUUCUUUGUAACUCGGUUCUCUUUUUCAGUUCAAAGGUUCUUAUAUUACAGUGUUGAAAUUUUGUGGUACUGUAGUUAAUCACUUGAGACUUAUCCACAAAGUGCGGUUGUGGUCGUCGGCGAAACUGCUGAUAAGGUUUCCGUCCGGAGACAAUUUGAAGAAAAUGUUGUUUUGCGUUAGUCUUAAUAAAUUAUAUGUCUGCCCCCUAAUGGAAAAUAUCGAUUUCUGUUU